AUUUUCUAGCUUUGCAUUUUUUAAACUUUCGUCUACGACGCCAUUUGUAGCGUUCUCUGAAUCUGCCAUCUCUGAUGCGCACUCUCAGUCAGGUGUUUUGAUGCAAAGCGAGUGAGUACGUUCUUCUUAUGAAGUAGAAACGGGUGCUGCGCCGAGCUGGUCUCGACGAACGGCGGUGCCAAAUAAGUAAUCGCGAGCGCGCUACCAAAGUAACCUGUGAUCUCCGGCCCAAGCACUGUCAGUCGUGUGUAAGCCAUUCGUUUGAAUGCGCACGAGGGGUGUGCUUCUGAAAAGGGACAACACAUCCUAGAAUACUUGAAGUCAUAAACUGCGUCACAGCAUAUCAGUCGUCGGAAGAACAAUCGCACGUUCGAUAAUAAACAUUUUGCAAAGGCUGUUCGACCACUCACGGAGGUGCCUUGCUGAAAGCUACGCGCAGCUUUCAGGAGCCAUUCCCGGUGUCCGAUGUUAGACUGGACUACGUGUGGCAUCAUCAUGAUGGACAAAGCCUUCAGACGUCGCAAGUCUGGCCCUCCCUGCGUCUCCUACCCACUCUGGCCAGUGGGCAAGGGUCCCGUUCGGAUCAUAGUGGACGCCCCGACCCAGACCACCAGGAGGGCGUCCCGUUGGGCCCGGCGAGGCUCCGAGUCGGUCGUCGUCCUUAGCAAGGUGGUCCGAAGGGGCAAGGCAUUCUGCCGAAGUCUGACGCCCGAACCGCGUCUUUCGGGAAGCGAGAGCCCCGAGCCCGAAUCGUGGCACGGUUCGGCGUUCGGCUACGGGCCCGCCCCCAGGGCCAAGUCUCUGUCGCCCGCCAAACGCACGUCCAAAGUGAACGGCUUCUUCAACGGCUCCGGAGACCGCUCCCUCGGAUCCACCGACGACGAGUUGGACGAAUCGCCGCCGUCUCUCUCCCGAUGCCAGUUGCUGGUCGAGGACGAGGACGGAAUUCGAGUGUCGCCCAGCCCGUCUCCGCGUCACAGCCUCUCGUCGGCGGGCUCGGCGGCCUCUCAGGGAAGCACGCGAGGCGAUGGAGGAAGCUCCAAAAAGCAAGAUCAAGGCGGCGUUGGCGGCGGUCUGGCCAAGCUGGCGCGGCUGCUCAUGCAGAAGGCUCCCGGCGAGCGGUCACCCUCGGCCAGCAGCACGCUCCUCUCGCCUCCGGGACCCGCGUCGUCCACGUCGUCCGUGUUCGACCCAGCCACAGGUUUUCCGGGCGUUCCUUCGACGCCCCUGCGCCGGUCGGCCAGCAUCGACAGCCUGCUGGACGCGACGGCCGCCGCCCAGCAGCAGGCGUCGUGCCUUGCCGCCAACGGACAAGCGGACGAAGCGUCGUUCCAGACCACGCCGACGUCGGGCCUCGUGCCGCGACCGGGAGCGCUGCCGAACUCUCCCAGCGUUCCCAGUCGACUCGCCAAGGGUGUACCAGGCCUGCGUCAGAGUAGUGUGGAACUGCUUCUCGACGGGUUUUCGUUGUCCAAAUCCGAGCGCAAGAAGCUCGAGAAGCUCAACAAGUUCAACAUUGAUCUCCAGGCCCUGUUCGCCGCCGUGGAGCACCAUCACAUCGAGCGGGCCCGUUCCAUUCUCGAGACGAGCGACGUCGACGUCAACAGCGUGAACACGGACGGCUUCACGGCGCUCGACGUGGCCGUGCUGACGGGCGAGGCGUCGCUGGCUCGGCUGCUGCAGUCCCGCGGCGCCAGCGAGAGCCCCCGGUUCCCGACGUCCGAGGCCAGGGCCAACCAACUUUCGGCGCUGCUCCGAGAGGCGCACCGAUGCGUCGACGACCUGGCGGGCUGUGUCGCCUCCGCCUCCGCCAACCAGGGCAGCCUGUCCAACGCUCUGCUCAAGGAAAAGGAGCGCCAGCUGAGUCUAUGGAAAAGGCGUCUGGAGCUGAUCUCGGAAAUGAAGGCCGGUUUCGACGAACUCCGACCGCCGGACCCGCCAAGCCGAGUGACUCUGGAAGUGGUGGGCACCCAGUCGCUCCGGGUGCGCUUUUCCGAGCCACCGCUGGCCGCUGUGCAAGCGAGGGCCUUCGUCACAAAGUACAGAGUGGAGUGGUGCGAACGCGAGGACUUCUCCCAAGGCGUCGGCUCCAAGGAGCUGACCGACGUGCAGUUCCUGGAGUACGUCAUCCGGGACCUGGAGAAAGGCACGCCCUACCACGUGCGCGUGGCCGCCGGCAACGCCAAGGGCUUCAGCGCGUACCAGACUUCGUGGCCCCUCUGCGCCAGGCCGUCGAGUUGGCGCGACGUGGAGGACUGCUCACCGCGGUGGACUGGUCGCAUCGACCGGCUCGACUCGCUCUUCCUCCAAGUGAUGGAGUCGCGGCCAUUGCACGGCGGCUCCGAGAUGCAGAAGAUGAACACGUCCGCCGCCAUGGGCACCGCCACGGCUCUCGGAGGCUCCGGGGAGCUGUGCGACACCACGCCCAUGCAGCAGAGGCGGCAGAUGCGCAAGAGCAUUCGUCAGUUGUUCGCGGCAGCACCCAAGUUCCAGCGCACCUUGAAGCGGGGCGUGUACCUGGCGUGCCUGUUCUACAACGAGGACCGCAUCCUGGUCACCACCGAAGAGACGCUGCCCAUUUUAGAAGUGGACGACUGCUACCCGGCCUCCUUCCAGACUGACUUCCACUGGCUCAUGAAGGUUGCGUGCACGUGGGACGACGUGAAGACGCUCCGGCUGGACAUGGAGAAGAGUCACAGUUCCUCGAACGUGCAUUUUCGCAGCAAGCUGCUGCAGACCGUCGAACAAAUGCAGUCUGCGCUGGGCGUGCAAGACCUGGGCCAGGUCUAUUACAAGCCACUGCGAGACUACGAGGGCACGGCGGUCGUGUGCGUGGUCAAGUACGUGAGCGAGCCGAAGACGGUGAGUGCUCUGUCGGUCCGGUGGAUACCCCUGGCCAAGAUCCAGCGACGCAUGCCCAGCGUCAGCGACGGCGGAGAGCUGCCGUCAGCCUCCGAGCUGCUCGUCUCCUCCAUUCAGGAGAUGAUUACGUACAACCAGACGAGCAGCAAGCCCCUGCCGAGGGGCCUCUACCUUGGAUAUCUGAAGCUCAAGAGCUCCAUGGACCUCAUCAGUGUCCUGGUGCCGUACCGAAACCCAAACGUCUUGCCGCACUGCCGCAUCAGGGACAACCCGCACGUCUCACGCGAGGAGUGGCAGUGGCUCAAGAGCCUUGGCAACCUGGGCCAGUCGCCGCCUUCCGGCGAUGAGCUGCGGCUCGACGACGGUUCCUUGGGGACACCCGACAUCGAGGCGUCUUCCGAGCGCAGGCCACAGUCCGACGAGUCGCAGCUGCGCUUCCAGCGGGCCGUCUCGGCGGCCGCCAAGAGCCUCUUCGCCCAGCUAGAGGUGCCGCCUGAGCUCUACGAUGCGCAUAGGCUGUACGACGCCGAAGUGGUGGAGCUGGCGGAAGGUGUCAGCUUUCUGCUGGUGCUUCCGGCGGUGGAGAGCGUGUGCUCCGUGCCCGGCCAGCGGGAUGAACUAACCUCGCGAGCCGACUGCCUCGCCCUGCCGGUGCAGGUGUUCGAGGUGGUGCACCUGAGCACCUACCAGGCACCCCUCAUCGCCCGAUACGCGCGCGUUUCCGCCAUGCUCGAGACGGACACGGUGCUCGCACAGCACGCCAACAGAGAGGCAUUCUCGGCACCCGAAGUUGCCGCGGCUCGGAGCCGGCUCACGCAACUGCAGGACUUCCAGGCGCAGCUGGAACAGACGUGGCGUGGCAUGCGCUGGAUCAUGGACGCUCUGUCGUUUGCUCGCGACCGCUCGCUGAACGGGGGCCUCCCCAUGAGCGCAGUGUGGACGACGCCCGGCUCGACGGCACCCUCUCCCACAUCAUCGAGCCCCACUCGGCGCCGUCAGACACAGCCGACCAUCAUGCCUCCCACAACAAUGUCCGCGCAGGCGCGGCGAGCCUCCCGCGUCGACGAUCUUAUCGACGCCAAGCUGUUUCUCUCAGUCGGUGGCGUCAGCGUCGCGGGUGCACCGGGAGGCGCGCCCGUCGAGAUACGACGCUGUGCGUCUGCGUCCCGUUUGGUGCUGGAACGGCCGCAGGACGACAUGGACGACAUCGAGGAGACGUCUUCGAACGAAGGCCGCGGUGUUCCCACCGGCAACGUCUCAUUCGACAUCAACGACGAGGACGAGUACGACGAGGAGAGCGCGGAAGACAUCCUGAUGUCCUCGACGGCUAUGGCACCCAGUGUCCUCAGGGUGUAUGCCGCGUACGAGUCGGGCCUCCCGCCUGGCACGAGCAUCAAGCUUCACGUCACGCCCGAGACGACGGCCCGGGAAGUGGUUGAGCUCGUCGUGAGGCAGCUGAACACCGCCGUCGUUGCCAAGGGAAGGACGGGUCCCCUGUACGGCGACGAGCGGCUCGCAGACUUCUGCCUCGUCGCCGUCGUGGGUUCGCGCGAGCGCUGCCUGAGCGCGGAUUUCCAGCCACUCAGGCUGCAGAACCCCUGGACGAAGGGCAGGCUUUUUGUGAGGUUACGGAACUCUGAAGAAACGUAGUAGCAUGGAUUGACUUUCGCAGUAACAGUGUAGAGCAAAUGAACACAAACGUGCGUGUGGCUGUCACCUCUUGACUGCCAAGAAAUGAGGAUGGUGUUUCCACUGGGCACCUUGACAGAGAUGGGACAUUGACUGCUGGCAGCUAAUGUUUGCCUUGAGGCUGCGUUGUAGCACCACAUGUGCUCAAACUGCAAAGACGUUUGUCAGACAAGGUUGUGGUGGUAGUGAUGUCUGCAAAGUGUGUUGGUGCCGUGGUAGAUGACUAUGCCGCUAGUGUAUCUCCGGACACUAGAGACUUGACGGUGCUGCCUUCUGUGAGAAGGCACGUGCAUUUCAGUAGGCUUGAGUUCAAGCCAAGCACUUCACCAGUGAGUUGUGCAGUUAUCGAAGGCGGCUUCUCGUAUGGUGGCUUUAUGAUGUAGCCAUGUGUUUAUGAGAGCUAGCUUGUCUUUGAACAUAAUGCUGUACUAUUGAGAGUUCAGUGGCACAAUGGUGGAUGUAUUAGGAAAUGUGGUAUUGAGUUGUCACUCCUAAUUUAUUUCAAAGUAUGUACGGAUCCUCAAUGGUGCAGGGCGCCAUCUUGUUUUCCCCUAAUUUAUUUUGAUUGUUGUCAUUCAGUGUUACUGGUAGGUGUCACUGUCGUUUCCCUUUUUGGUGCGGAACAGGCUGCCACAGCAGAUAGGCUUAAUUGCAAUUGGGCUCGUGUGAUAAACCUCUGCAUGCUCACUGCUCUGGAAAGUGUUGCCUCAAAAUGGUUCAGAGGGUCGCAAAGUGAGAUUUAAGUAUUGAAACAUCCUUGGCAAGGCAGGUUUCGUGGCUAGGCAAACAGUGUGAUCUGUGAUCAGAACUUUAACAUUUUUCUAACUUCCAGCAGCAUUAGUGGACGAUAAUGCUGUAUACUGAAAAUAUUCGUCGAGGACAAAGCGAAUUGCAACACGCAGUGCAUAGCAAAUGAAGCAUGAACAUUCAGUUUGCAGUGUAAACAUAUAAAAGCAGCUAAGAACACUAUAGAGGUGCCUUAGUCUUAAUACUAACACAUUGAGUAUCCCAACACAUUGAUCCACACUUCAACAGAAUUAGUCCAGAUGCCUACAGCUCGAAAAUGUGAAGAGCCCGUUGAGGAAAGCGAAUGUGGCAGCCAUAGUCAAAGUGUGUCUCGUAUUACCAUGUCUGUUUCCUAGGCUACGAUACUUGUGUUUUUUGCCCACUAUCUACAUUAAACUCUCUAGAACCCUGAAGCCAGGCACCCUGCUUCUGGCACUUUCCCUUAUGUUUGGUGUUUACAAGUGAAACACCUGCAUGCUUCUGGCCUUGUGCCCUUCGCUCGGAAAUACGAAGAUUGAAGGAUGUAAUAAAUUGUGAGGUCAUGAAUAUAACAGUACAUAACAGCACUGGAAAAUGACAUAAUUACAGCUGGUCCAGGUGGAACUUCCUUAAUGUGUAUAAAAUGGGUCUAGAAUGUUGCACUGUUUGACUGUACAGCAUGAUGCAUGGUUACUUCAGAGGUUGGUAAAACUGCGAGGAGAGAAAUCUGUCUUGUGAUGCAAGGUAGAUGCAAUGAGUGCACCUACCUUCAAUGCAAGUGGAAGGAACAUGUACUGGGCAGCACAGAUACGCAUUUGGUCAGAUGCUAACAAAACAGGAGUCUUGUUGACACAUCAGGAAACCAAUUAUAGAAAUAAUUUUUUGAAGUUUUAUCGUUGCAAAUGGUGAGUCUCUUUAUGUAGGCCUUAUCUUGUAUCCUUUGCAAAUUGGUGCUUAAACACGAAAUUAGUUCCCGUUACUAAAAGGAGCAUUCGAACGUACACAUAAUACUGCUGUUGUGAUUUUACAGUGUCCUGAGCCUAACCCUUGUGAGUGCUUUACAAGCAUUUCUGUGUGGUCUUGUUCGUGUGCUAGAAAAUGGCAUAGCUGCUGAACAGAGCUCCUGGCCAGCUCAAGUGUUGAUUACUGCUAAUUUGUCCGAACCAUGUAUUGUCUUCUUGAUGACUUAUUCACAGCAACAGCGCACUUCUAGACCCAAUUUAAUUGCAAAAGCAACAGCGGUGUGUGACUUAUCGCUGUCACUAAAAGAGAAAAGGUGCCACUGAUAUUUUCUUGUAGUGGCUUCAUUCCUUGUGGGUAUGUUGCGACACCAGCAUCUAGGAGUUGUAAAGCUAAAUAAAAGCUCUUAGCUACACCACAUGAAAUUAGACGUAUUCAUGCCUAGCGAAUCGGGGGCACUGAAUUUCCCGACCAGCUGCAGGGAAUGGUGAUUGUCAUGCUCUGUGUUAGUCCUUGUGCAAUGUUCACAUUCUUGUUGCAUCUGUUUGUGUUGAUGAAUCAUGUUUCAAUACUGUUGAAAACACAUGUAUAUAAAUGUUUUGUUCUUUUGCAUACA